AUGCGUCCGUACAAGGAAAAGAUGCUUACGUCCAAUAAACGGAAAUUGUCCAAAAAACGAAAACUAAACAACGAUGAUUAUAGUGGUGAAGUGGACAGAUUAAGCUCACUUCCUGAUAGUCUUUUGAUCACCAUACUCUCUCUUGUUGAUCCAAUCAAUUCUGCGGCUGCAACCUCCGUGUUAUCCCACCGUUGGCGCCAUCUCUGGACCCAAAUCACCCACGUCUCCUUAGGACCGUGGACGAGUUGGAAAUACAUCCAUAAUUUACGGGAUUUCAACAACGUCGUCAAUCAUAUUCUCUUCCAACUCACCUCCUCGAAACUCUACACCUUUUGCCUUCACCUCCCGUCCCUUGACAACCUUAAUAAUAAAGAUCAAGAAUUUGACGAGUUCAACUCCGGGGUAAGGGACUGCAUUGUUAGUGUUGCUCCCUGGAUUCAGCUUGUCUCCCGUCGUAACCCGGAGGUAAUCACCGUGACUUUCAAUGACUCGUAUUCUUUUCGAUUUCUUGAGAUGCCACCUGUACCGGCUUCUUUGCUUCAAACUCAGUCACUUGUUACACUGGAUUUAAUUGCACAUAUUGAGCUCACCUUUCCUAAGGAUGAUCUCCGUGUUAAUCUUCCUAAUUUGAAGAAGCUUUGUAUGAAUUUAUACGACUCACAACGUCGUGUUAUGGAUACUCUUUUUAGGUCUUGCCCUUUACUAGAGCAUUUAUUAUUGUAUCUCCAUUUAAAGCAACCUGAUCACCUUAUUCAUAUAUCCGCCCCUAACUUGAAGGAUUUGAAAAUCAAUAUGGAAGAAUCGCCGUUGCUAUCUAUUCACACCAAGUUUGUGGUUAAUACUCCUAAACUAGAACAUUUCAAGGUCAAGGGACUUCUAGCGGUUUAUGACUUUGUCACCAAUCCAACCUAUUUACGACUAGUCAAAAUGACCUUGCAAAGAAGGAAUGCAAUUGAUCGUGAUUUUGUUAACGCGAGACAAGGUCUAUUUCGAGGGAUUUGUUGUGUUCGAAACAUAAAAUUAGUAGAUUAUUAUCGUAGUACAAUAAUACGUCUGUUAGAUUUUGUUGCUGGUUUAAACGGCCUGCCAAGUUAUCACAAUCUGGUUUAUCUCCGUUUUCACUGUAGCGAAUCUGACUACGAUUUCAACGUAAUCCACAAUAAUUGGAGACCACAGUUUCCCAGUUGUUGGUCGGCUAAUCUGAAAAGAAUAGAUGUCUCGGUUAAGAUAAGGAAUAACAGGGUAGAGAUGAAUUUGCUUAGUAACAUUUUAAGUAGUGCAACUGCUUUGGAACAGCUUCUAGUUUCCCCUCCCAAAGUCAAACCAAGUGCAAGGCCAAAUCAACUAUGGAAUGAAUACACUUUUUGUAGGGAGCUUUUCAUGCGUCCAAGGAGUUCGCCGACUAGCAAGAUUCACUUUACUGGUAAAAUGAUGACGGCUUCAUGUAACGAUUUUAGUUAUGAUAAAGAUGAGCUAACAUGUAAGAUACUCAAACAAAAUAUACGUCCGUACAAUCGGUGA